AAUUUUUUAGCGAGCAGCGACAACUCUACAGUAUUUGGUAGCCCUGCCCGAGCUUGCCAUAUGAAUUGGCGCAAUUUUGGCAAACAAAACUAAACAAAAUAAAAAUAGUCUAGCAACAAGCAAGGUAAAUGGCUGAUUCAAGACCAAGCUAAUAAAAAGACUGGAAGUGUCCCUUACACGCCAUCGGAAAACAUCAGUAUCAGGGCGAUGAGAGCUAAUUUUCCCUGUUGAAUUUUGCAGCUGCAGCUACUAAGGCUACAAAAAUGACGACAACGACGCCGACACUACAGACGCGCAUGGCGCUAGCUGAAAUUCCCGAUCGUCUGGAAGCGCUCCGUGUUGCGAAUACACCAACAAAUGCCAACCGCCGCACUCCCGAUGAACCCACACCGGCAGCCACAGCUAACACGCCUAAUGGUGGCGGUGGUGGCGGGGGCCUGGGAUUGCGUGUGGACAAUGAUUUGAAUGUGGCGCAGGCACAGGAUUUUAGCUUCUCGCCACUGCCCUCACCAGACGAGCUUAUUAUACGGCAACGUGGACGUCGUCGUUUCACAACGACUUUCUCACCGGACAAAGUGAAUGGCGGCGUCAGCGGCAGCGGCAGUGCAGUACGCAGUCCCUUUCAACGUACGCCCACGAAAAAUCUACAGUUAACAAGCGGCAUGAUAUUGCGCAGCUCACCACGCAAACGACUGACCAUGGGCAGCACACCACCCGAACCAAUGCCAAUGGAAACGUAUUCACCCAUCAAAUUGACCGGCACAAAACAACAACUAUGGCCAGGUACGCCGAUAGUGAAAAAACUAAAAAUGGAUGAUCGUCCCGUGGCGCAAACGAACAGCGAGGUGGCACUGCCUGCGCUACUGCAGGGCCUCUCCCAGCAACAACUUAUUGACUUGAUAAUGUGCAAUAUAAAACAGGAGACGGCGACGGAUACACAAAGCGCCGAGGAGAAAAUACGCGCUCAGCUGCCCACACCAGACAUUACUUUACUGGAGCAAGAGCUGCAUUAUGCCAAAAGGCUGAUUUUCAAAUCUCUGCCCACGUCGCGACUUUGCAAGAAAACAGAUGCCGCUGCUUACUCAAAGGCAGCCAUACAUCUCAAUGAGUUUAAGCGAGUACUGCAAACGCAGGCGAAGCGUCUGCACGACUCUACACACUGGGAUGCACUGGUGGACUAUGUCAGCAUGGCAUGGCAAUGUGUGGCGAGCACGCCCAACUGGGAGAGCAAUUCACACAAUGCGGUGCGAAGACAGUGCUUCAAGCUGCUGGCGUGCUCCUGUUAUGCGGCCAUCAAACAUGGCGGCAUGCGGCUGGGUCAAACAAGACUGGAGACUUUGGAACGUAAUUUGCGUGAGUGGUCCAAGGACUACGAGGACGUGCUGUCCUGUGUGAAUGCAUUGCAGCGUACGCUUAACAGCCGCACCAGCUUAUAAAGCCAAGAGAGGUGGUAGACUUCAAAUAAUUUUAAGGCCGACUUGCUGAACUCGAGGUUUAGUGGACCGUUUAGAUUUAGGUAUGCAACCCCAACUAGUUAUUAAGAAAUGAUAUUUGCCAUUCAAGCAUAGGCAUUUCAAGCAACUCAUAUCUUGAAUGCAUUGUUUUUUAAAAUUUGUUCAUAUUAUGUGUUGUUUUUCCUAUUUGUAUUGUGUGCACGACACAUCAGAUUACGAUUUUGUUAUACACACAACACAGCAUC